AUGAUGGACCAGGAGCACCUGGACUUCAUCAUGCGCCGCCACCACCACCAGGGCGGCAUGGGGUUUGUUCCCGCCGACCGCGGCGACAGCGAGGAGGCGCUGGGGUCGUCGGAGUCGGAGCCGGCGGGGAGGCCGCGCGGCAAGAGGGCCCGCGCCGCCGAGGUGCACAACCUCUCCGAGAAGAGGCGGCGGUGCAAGAUCAACGAGAAGAUGAAGGCGCUGCAGAGCCUCGUGCCCAACUCCAGCAAGACGGACAAGGCCUCCAUGCUCGACGACGCCAUCGAGUACCUCAAGCACCUCCAGCUCCAAGUGCAGAUGCUGUCCAUGAGGAAUGGCAUGUAUCGUCCCUCAGUGAACUUACCAGGAGCAGCUGGCCAUCUGCCAACAUCGCAAAUGUGCGCCGCACUUAACCAGAACAGCGUCGACGCAUCAUCAAACCCACCAGCUGCCAUGCUGCCUAUGAAUCAUUUCUUAGGAGCAAUGUCAGGGGCUCGACCUUCAUUUGAUCAUCCCAAUCAAGACCGACCGCGUCACGAACCUCUUGUGUUGUCAAGUGUUCCGUGCACGACAACUCGAGAGCCUCCGUUCCUUCUCGGGCCAUCGCAGGAGUCCCCCCUUCGAUCCCUUCAGUUGACCUUACCGGCCGAGAUGAUCUUUCAAGAGGAGGCAAUGCUAAAGCAUUGGCUAUGUUCAACUCAAGAGACCGCCUCCGUGCCAGCAGGCCAUGAAAUGAAGCCUGUUAGGCAGGAAACACCUGCAGCAAGGGCUGGUCAUUUCGAUACAUGUUCAAUCUGGAAAAAUCAACCACAAGACAUGGUGCCAAAUAAUACAGAAAGCAUUUUGUUUGUGCCUCACUUGCAGAGAUUUCAAAACAGUAAUGCUGACUCGGGUCUGAGGGCGGAAUCGAAGUAA